UAUUCUCCUAUCCGCUGGAUGCAUGUCAAUCACAUCUAUUCCGUUGCUAAACCCAGACCUCUUUCAUUUAUUUGCUCAUGCACUUCUCGUUUAUCAAGUUCCUCUCGCGUGUGCCCGCAUGUACCGAGAGUCAACAAAGUUCACGUGACGAGUAUUGCUUUGACCAUCCUGGGGAAUUUCAACAUGCUUCACUCCUACUUAACCCCUCGACAUCAAGCUUUGCUCAUCAUCAGACUCUCAAAUCUACACACUUUUCUAUUAUACUUCAGCAUGGCUGAAUUGCCGACGAGCAUCAUUUUGAAAGCUGUUGAUGAUGACCCGCCUGAUAGCAAUCCUUCUUUCACCAUUGAUAAGGAUGACAUUCAGACGCGUAACGAUGCAAUGGACCUUGCCUUCGAGGAGUAUAAGAAAGACAGAUCCGUAUGGAAUCUUCACUUCCACGCUGUGGGCGAAUGCGUUCCUGGUCCCACCAGCAAAGGCUGGCUCAGAUGGCUACAACAGAAUGCCGAUAGCAAUGGCCAGACUCUAUUGUAUGCGCACUUCUUGCCAAAAUUUCCUUCCCCGGACAUACCCAGGAUUCCUGAAUCUCGGCCUAUUCCAGCUCAUUCCCUUCCCGUACAAGCUACUACGACUCAAACCGCUUCAGGCGAGCUUACUAAAGGGGAUGCGAGCAGUAACAAGGGUGAAGUUUCCAAUUCGGUGGAGAGAAUCACUCCUGCCGAAUCAAGUCAGGCUUUAGUCCUUAUGCCACUGAACCCUCUUCCAGGAGUGUCCAAACCGCCUACCAAGCAGAGAGUACUACAGCUGGUAGUCUCCUAUACUGGUGAUGGUGGUACACACGGUGCAGAAGGCAGUAUGCCCCCGUACGACAUGAAAGCUCGAGGUACAAUGACAAACAAAACGCUCGUUACUAAGCUUUACGAUAGGCUUGUAGCGGAUAUGAAUAAGUCUGGACAUAUCCCUGAUGAACUCAUCAUCAGUUGGACCAAGUAUGUGUAUGGUGGAGAGGAUCCUACGGAAGAGGACAUCGAAGAGCUGUUGGAACCUAGUUCGGACAGAGGCUUCAAGACGAUUGGCGAUUUCUCUGACCACUACAAGACCGAUCUAUUACAUGUGGAGCUUAUCAUAUCGAUUUUGGACCCAUCGAGCCAGAACGAACGGCCGUUCGCAAAUAUCCGUGAUGCUCUUCGUGCCUUUCCCAGCGUCUCACGUCGCUGCCAACGGAUUGAGCAGACACAGGUUGCCGGGCCACAGAAUCGGUUGAAACGACGUAAGCUCACAGCAACUGCAGCACAAGAAGAAGACGACAAUAAAAACGACGACGAUAAGUUGAUCCCCUGGAAAUAUCAACGGGCUGUUACGGAGCCUUCCAGCAUAGUUAGUGCUCUCAGCCUUACGUCAGCCGAUUAUGUUGUCGCAGGCAAAGAUCGUAAGUACCCCAAGAUCAGAGUCGGUGAAGACAAGAUCAGUAUGUACACGGACCGAGUUCCGGAAUGCAAGGGUAGACCGAACAUCCUAGGUACCAAAAACGUGGUAUACAUGUCCGCAACAUUCAACAAUGGUACUCUUGUACCUCGUUUCUUUAUAGCCUGGACAGAUUACGAGGGCAAUGUAUUGCCUGUGAUAAGUGCAGACAGAGCAGGCCAAAGUCAUAGAUCUUUCGAGCACGUCAACUUCAGAGGACGAUUCAAACCAUGGAAUACACUCAAGACUAAGACUGAUCAGUCGACUGCUGCUAGAGCCUGGUGUGCCGCAUCUAAGGUCUGGGAUAUCAAACCUUCUAAGGCACGGUCAACUAGAGCUUUACCAAAACGCAAGUCGACAGAAGUGACACGACGCGCCGUAGAAAAUCCCGGUCGCGAUGUAGCAUCACUUCCAGCGCCACUGAUAACCAACGAGAUUGGAUACAGGCGUCGGAAUAUCGCUGUGUCCAUUAAUUCAAGAAGGCGACGGCAGAGAGAAUUGCGACGUGCCGAUCAAAUCGACGAUACAGAUAGCGGUCAGGAUGUACAAACGCCCUGUGAACCCUGCAAUAGACGCUCUACUGUGUGCCGAGUGUACGAUCCACGAGUCAACUCAGUGAUCCGUCGAUGCUCAGCCUGUAUACGCUCAGGCACAAAGUGCACUCUAGUAGAGACUUGUCCGACUGCAGACCGGUCCAUGACUAUGGAGGUCGUCCCAAAUUUGAAGCAGAACGACAUGCUUGUUCCGGUUGACAAUACCGCUUUGGCAGAAGCCCACUCGAACGUCCACAUGAAUACAGCUGUACCUACGGCAUCUACCGCUGCCAUCACUAGAAGCACGUCUCGGGACUCUUUCGUCGAACUCAAGCUCAAGGUCCGUUCGUUGCACGAGGAGGGCGCUGAUGGAGAUAUGGGCCGCAUUAAUGUCUUGAUCAAGAAAGAUGAUUCGCCCAAGCAGACCCUUGAAAAGGUCAAGGAUGAAGUGAUCAAUCAUGUUCGCCAUCUCGGAUCAGACUAUGCGUAUCUGCUCGAAGGAGGAUGCGCAUUCUCCACGCAGCUCAAGCUCGCAUAUCGUGUGCGCGAAAGAACGAUUUGGUUCGAUGUGCAAGACCAACACGUUGGUACCAUCAUGCGUUAUGUAUCUGACCGUGGCAACGAGCAGGACAAAGUGGCAGCACAGGGUUUAGUCACUCUUCGUGGGCGCAGGAACCUUUUAUAUAUGCUAUAAAGUCCCGGUAAGUAUGUAUAUUGGUAUCAAAAGCGUGGGGACUACGACAUCCAUCUUAGAGAUGCUGCAUCUCGGACAGAUGAAUGGAGCAACGGCAAUGAUGGUGUUUGUGUUCUUCUUGUAGUCACUGGGAUUUCUUUUCUUUAACUUCGAU